AUGACCGUCUACGAUACAAUCGUCAUCGGCGCCGGCAUGGCGGGACUCACUGCCGCUCGCGACCUCUCCACACGCGGCCACUCGGUUCUCCUUCUUGAGGCCCGCGAUCGCAUCGGAGGCCGCACUUACACUACCGAUGCCUUUGGCGGGCAGUUCGACCUUGGUGGUGGAUACGUACACUGGACCCAAGCCGCCGUCUGGUCGGAGCUCGAACGCCACGGCCUCGCGCACAUCGAGCCGCCCCUGGAGUCCCAAGUCUACUACCAGCUCGCGGAUGGUAAGGUUCACACGACUGAAAUCGAGAAAACAUAUGGACUUGUCGGGAAACUGUUUAAGGAUGCACGCAAGAGGUUUCCACUGCCAUGGAACGUGAUGGCGGCGGAUAAUAGCGACAUCAAUAUGGAGACGAUGGAGGAAAGGAUCAACGGCAUGGGGCUUUCGAAGCAUGAUGCCGAUCUGAUCAAGGGCGCGCUGAGCGGGCUAAGCCAUGAUUAUAAGAAGCAAGGUUCGACGCAGCUUCUAUCUGCGACGGCGAGUAAUUUCGGGAACUAUGCCGCGGAGCUGGAGACGGCCGGGUCAUGGUGGAUACCCGGUGGCAUGACCAAGUUGAGCGAGGCUAUUCAGAGCACCUCCAAAGCCGAGCUUCGCCUCAACACGCCGGUCGCCAAAAUCGCCGACAGCGGCCACGGCGUCACCGUGACCACCUCCGCUGGCGAGACGAUCCAAUCUAGGACCGUCGUCGUCGCCGUGCCCCUUAAUACAAUGCGCCUUUUGGACAUCUCCCCUGCCCUGCCGGAACCCGUACUGGCCAUGCUCGAGACAGGCAACCCGGUUCGUGGCUCCAAGCUAUGGGUACGCGUCCGCGGACAUGUCACUCCCUUUUCCGCCCUUGCACCCCCUGGCGAACACCCCUUGAAUACAAUGCGUGUGGAGAAACGCUGGGGUGACGAUACGAUGAUCCUGUGCAUGAUCUCUCAAUCUGACAGCAUCAAGCACGACGACAUCCACGCUGUGCAGACUGCUUUGAGAAAGUUUGUUCCCGAUCUGGAGGUCAUUGACACGGCGUGGCACGACUGGAACGCAGAUGAGUUCUCCCGGGGCGGGUGGAUGAUGCAUGCGCCACGCCACUUUCUCGACGGCGCCGUCGAGAUUCGCAAGGGUCAUGGAAGAAUGAGUUUCGCAGGGGCGGACAUUGCGGCCAUGGGCCCGUGUACGAUCGAAGGCGCCAUGAGCUCAGGCGCAAAGGCGGCGCAGCGCGUGGAGAGCAUUCUGGAGGGAAUGUAG